AUGGCCACUACACAGACUGCAACGAGCAAUCGAGACGACAAUGGUGCCGCCGCCGCCAGCAUGAUAUCUGACCUCUUCACUUCGUGGCCUCCUCUGAAGGAUGACCUUGUGACAGCUACAUCGACGGCCCAGGACGAGACGGUCAAUCUGUGCCUGCCUUAUUUGUCAGGCGACAAUCCUGAUGGCGGUCCGUACAACGAACACGGCCUGCCUCACAUCCAGAGGAAAAGGCACGUCAUGUUUCUGCGCAAGCAGCUGGGCCAGCUACCAGCUCCGUUCGUCGCUGCAGACGCCAGCCGGCCCUGGUUCCUCUACUGGUGCUUCAACGCCCUCAGCCUACUGGGCGAGGAUGUCUCCCCCUACCGCGAGAGCCUGGUGCGCACGGCACAAUCCAUGCAAAACGAGUCGGGUGGCUUCGGAGGUGGCAAUGGUCAACUGUCCCAUCUGGCUACAACAUACGCAAUCGUGCUUUCCUUAGCCCUGGUCGGCGGGGCAGAUGCCUACGAGGUUGUCGACAGGCGAGCCUUGUGGAAGUGGCUCUGCAGCCUGAAGCAACCGGGUGGGGGCUUUCAGAUGGCCACAGGCGGAGAGGUCGACGUGAGAGGCGCGUACUGCGCAGCGGUUAUCGUUUCCCUUUUGAACCUACCGCUGGACCUCACCCCCGAGUCACCGGCAUGGACUCCCGACCGUCCCACACUCUAUACAAAGCUUGCCGACUAUGUGCAGAGGUGCCAGACCUUUGAGGGAGGGAUAUCGGCCCACCCUGAUGGUGAAGCACAUGGUGCAUAUGCGUUCUGCGCACUAGGCUGUCUCGCCAUUCUGGAUUCUCCUGAUCGUAUCUUCCCGAGAUAUCUCAAUGUGCCACGGCUGAUCUCCUGGCUGUCCUCGCGCCAGUAUGCCCCCGAGGGCGGAUUUUCUGGCCGCACUAACAAGCUUGUGGAUGGAUGUUACAGCCACUGGGUCGGCGGCUGCUGGCCGCUGAUCGAGGCCGCACUCAGCGGCUCCGCAUCACCACUAUCAGCGCAGCCUGGUCGCAAAGGGAAGCUGCUGCUACCACCAUACGACGAGAGCCUGUACAGCCGGGAAGGCCUGAUUCGCUAUAUCAUGUGUUGUUGUCAAGAUCUGGGCAGACGCGGUGGCCUACGAGACAAGCCCAACCGCCCUUCAGAUGCGUACCACUCUUGUUACGUCCUAUCGGGCCUGAGUUCCGCACAGCAUAAGUGGAAGCUGGCCGCUGAGGCCACCACGGCCGCUGCUGCUUCUGCCGCUCUUGCGUCGUGGUCGGUAUCACCGCAUCUCGAUGAAGUGCAGGUCUUUGACGAGCAAGACCGCAUCGCGGCAUUGCAUCCGGUCUACGCAGUCCCCAUCAGUUGCGUGACGGACAUCAAGGCCUAUUUUGCCGCGAAGCAGGGGUUCUAG